AUGGAGUUAUCAAAUGAUAGCAAGAAUGCUAACCAACACAAUAACGAGCUCACAAUCUUGGAGUCAGACGCCCAAGAGACAUCUAAUGAUAAAGAAAUCCACUUAGCCAGCCUUACUAGGGCGACAACCUUUAUCUUUGAACUCGCGAUGGUGAUGUUGGCACGCGAUCUCGCAGGAAGCAACGAGUUGGAGGAGGAACUUGCCAGCCUGAAGAGAAGCCUCCGCAGGCUUCAGAAAUGCCAGGAAGGGCACAUCAUUCCUGCUAAGAAUUCAGACGAUAGCUCCGACGAGGGCGAGGGCUCUAACACGUACCCAAAGGUAGAGGGUAAGUGGCAAUCUGAGAAGGGCAAGACUUUGUAUCGCAUCUCUGGGAUUCUUAUGUCGAGGCUCAUGGCUCCAUUGACUUGGACAGAGAAACCAUUUCCCCGCCUUCAAGCAGUACGUCAAUUUAUCAAGGAGACAGAAGCCGGAGGCGGAGAUAUUGUGAUGCAUUACCUUCUUACGGCCCCGUUGACUGCCUCUGACAAUGGCAAAGACCAUAUCUGGCCCAUCGCGCUUAAUUUAGAAGCAGCUACCAUACAUUUGAUGAAGUUGCAGUACGAAGGAUACUCCAACCCUGGAGUUGAUGAAUGUCUUUGA